UUCUCCUUGAAACCUCUAAAGUUGGCAAUGGUUAUGUUGGCUAGCCUGAUCCUGCCUCUCCAAGCCUCUACCACUUUAUAACAAACGCCAUAUUGACUUUUGCCUGUCUACGUUUACAGUCAAAUUUAAACAAUGGAAAACGACGCAGGAGAAUUCGUGGACUUGUAUUGCCCGCGCAAAUGCUCUGCUAGCAAUCGCAUUAUUAGCGCGAAGGACCACGCGUCCAUCCAAAUCACUAUUUGCGAUGUGGAUGCCAAUGGAAGGAUGGCUUCCACCAACAAACAGUACGCCAUCUGCGGCGCCAUCAGGAGAAUGGGAGAGUCCGAUGACUGCAUUGGUAGGCUAGCCAAGAAGGACGGAAUUUUGCCCAAGAACUUCUAAAUCCAAUAAAAAAAUAUAAAAUCCAAA